CGGACCAUCCUGCCUCUCAACAGUCCUGCUUGGCUUCUCCAUCUGUUGGUGGCACCAGUAAAUUUGGGCGUCAACCUCCAGCUCUCCCCAGCAUGGCUUACCAGUGCAAGCAGCCCUGCCUCCCUCCGGCCGCCUGCGCGCCGCACGGCCCGACGCAAGCCACGGAUCCGUGCGCGCCGGAAUGUGUGUCCCCCGGCAACACUUCCUGUGCCGACGCCUGCGGGCCAUCCCCCGCUAUCCCCUACCAGUCCAAGCAGCCCUGCCCUCUUCCACCCAUCUAUGUGCAGCCGUGCGCUGCGGAAACCGUGACCUCAUGCGCCCCGACGUGCGACUCCUCAUGCCAAGCGGGGCCGCAGCCUGCCCCUCAGGCCUGCUUUGCUCUUGCGGCCGAAGCCCAGCCCUGGCCGCCCAGAAGCACCUGCACCCUCUGCAGCAGCCCCGAUCCGGAGGCCUCUCCCGCCGCGUGCAGAGAGGCGGCACCGAGUUACGUGAUGCCGGGAUCCACCGUAAGCUUGCAUCCGUCCGGCGCCGUCUCCGUGAAUCCGGGUCCAGCGGAAGGGGCAGAUUGCUGUGGCUCCGUCUUCUUGCCACCGUAUACCCCUCACUUCCCGUAAUAACCACACCGGGUCUCACGGCUCCGUGAGGACUGACAGAUGGGUUGCGGCGGAGGCUUUUGUGGCCUGGAAUCCACGCAAGGGCCUUCUCCCGAAUUGGCAGGCAGAUAGGGGUGCGAGGAAGGGGCGGGUGGUUUGGAUUCGUAGGGAGGUGCUGCCAGAUGAGUCUGGCCCUUGGUCCGCCUAGCUCAGGGUUGCCAUCCCUGACUGGCAGCAGCAAUCCGGGGUUGCAGACAGGGGUUUCCCCCUAGUCACUAGAAUUUGAACCUGGUGCUUCCUGCGUGCAAAA